AGAGUUAAAAAAAAAAAAAGGAAGAGAGAAAAAGGAGAAACAUAAGUUGCAUAUUGUUGACUCAAACCCAAAACCAACCCUCUUCCUCCUCCCUCCUGCUGCAACCAAAAAUGCAUUCAUUCGGAUACAGAGCCAACGCUUUGCUGACAUUCUCGAUCACUAUCCUAGCUGUUAUGUGUGCUAUCGCUUCCUUUUCAGAUAAUUUCAACUCCCCUUCUCCCACUUCUCAAGUCCAGGUUUUGAACAUCAAUUGGUUCAGAAAUAAGCCGGAUGGCGACGAUGAGGUUAGCAUGACAAUGAAUAUAUCAGCCAACUUGCAAUCAUUGUUUACCUGGAAUACGAAACAGGUGUUCGUGUUCCUGGCAGCCGAGUAUGGAACUCCACAAAAUUCAUUAAAUCAGGUAUCCUUGUGGGAUGGUAUCAUUCCUGCUAAAGAACAUGCGAAGUUCUACAUCCAUACAACCAACAAAUACCGUUUUGUAGAUCAGGGAAGUAAUCUCCGUGAACGAGAUUUCAACUUGACAUUGCAUUGGCACGUUAUGCCAAAGACUGGGAAGAUGUUUGCUGACAAAAUAGUCAUGACUGGCUAUCGCUUGCCCAAGUCGUAUAGAUGAUUAUAUGCUAGUCUUGGUGUAAAAUUAGAGUCUUCAUGGUUGGUGAUAUAAAUUAUCUAAAUUGAAUGAAAUGUCAAAAACUAGUGAAUGCUCAUCAAAACUUAAAAGACCGCCAUUAUGAAGCACAAAAAAGUUCCAUUUACCGCGCCACACUUUGGUUGCAGGUUCUCGAAUUAGAAGGCAUCAUCCAAAUUACCCCUUGACA